CAUUGGGGUCCGUACGACUAUCCAGCUUCACUCAUGAUUGGAUAACCUUCAUCGACGCCGAGUAGCCGGGCGAGCUGUAUAUGUUGUAUACCUAUACAUAGUAGCAAGGUCCCUUGGGAAGAUGGCGACCGAAAAAGCGACCGUCUGUCGAUCGCGUCUUGAACAAAUAUUUCACCUUCGCUCACCUACCCUUAAUUAUAUUUAUCAAAAGCUUACGUCAAGAACUUAGAUAACUAUAUUCUUUCUUUAACCUUGUGGUGAUACUAUCUAUCCAUUUCCUACCCGGGGAUUAUUAUUGUAUUAUAUAUAGGUACCUUAUAUGUAAGUGCGAAAUAAAGGCGGGGGCCACGGCACGUUGACGAUCCUUCGCGGGUCAACUUCAACCUUCAAACCACAGCCGCCUCAACUUACCCGGUUAUAAACUGACUGAUUUCCAAACUAACCCGGCAAAUAAUAGUAUUCAAAGCUUCACCUUACCAUAGCUUUAUUUGAACAUCUCUUCCGCUCGAAGCCAAAUAAUCACCGUGCCACAAUGUCUGCUCAAUACUAUGCACCGCCUCCCGGUGCGAACGGCUCAACAGCUAUACCACCACAGAACAACUAUCCACAACCGCCAACCUCCCCUCCCGCGAACAAACAAUACUACCCACGACCUCCAGAAGGACCUAGCUACACUCCACCCCAGGCUCAGAGCUACCCCAAACCUCCACAACAAGCAUAUCCAGUGCCCGUGCAGCAACAGUAUCCCCCGCCUCCGCAACAAGGUGUUUCUCCACCACCACCCAACGCUGGAACUCCUAUUUACCAGCCUCCGCCUCCGCAUCCUCAGUCGGCGCAACAUGGUGCCUUACCCAUUCGAAGCGAAGGCGCUCUGACACCACCUAGCGGACCAGCACCUGCGUAUGGUGACGUAGUACCUAAGGCCCCAGAAGGAUAUCCGAAUGACAAAGCCCAAAGUAUCCUAGGAACGGGGCCGACACACGCGCGAACGACAUCAAACCCUACAGCGCCACCUUCGCUCACACCCGCGCCCGCGCCUGCGCCCACCGCUACCCAAUUCCAAGGCGCUGCUGCGACUUUGGAUGAUGUGGGAACGUUCAAUGGCGGUUCAUACCGCAUUAGUCAUAGAGACUGCAAUACGAUCAUCACAAUUCAACUAGCAAUGGGCUGUCCGAUAAGCGCGAAGCCAGGAGUGUUGAUUGCCAUGAGCCCCACCAUUACGCUGAAGGGCGAGUACAAGUUCAGCAUGAAGAAAUUGAUGGCUAGCGGCGGCGAGUUUGGACACUCGACUUUUAUCGGUCCUGGAGAGCUGCUACUCGCACCCGGAAUGCUUGGCGAUAUGACCACUAUCCGUUUGACAGGAGAAGAGUCUUGGAGUGUAGGUAAAGAUGCCUACGUCGCCAGCACCCAGGGAAUUGUUCGUGACUACAAGCGCCAAGGACUCGGAAAGGCCAUGUUUAGUGGAGAAGGUCUGUGGGUUCAUAAGAUCACCGGUGUUGGUCUGCUCUGGAUCACCAGUUUCGGCGCGAUUAUCCGUAAAGACCUCGCUGACGGCGAGAAAUAUAUCGUCGAUAACGGGCAUCUGGUAGCCUGGAAUGUCAAGUAUGUCAUGGAGCGCGUAGCUAGUGGCGGUAUCAUGGGUGGGCUGGCUAGCGGAGAGGGGUUGGUCUGUAAGUUCACAGGACCUGGCACAGUGUUCCUACAGACAAGAAACCCGAGAGCGUUCAGCGCUUAUAUGACGGGCAAUGCAGCCCCGCCGUAAAGCCAGAGUCUCACGAAGCCACGACUAUGAAAAUUGAUGUUUUUGUAACGAAUCUAUGGUGUAGGGUCUCUCUAGUCUUUUCCAUAGGAAACUACAUGUAGCGUUUGAAAAUUUAUGAAUUGAAUAUGUACUAUUUAUUGCAAGGCGCUGAGUUUACUCUUUCCCCAACCACUAACUUAUCUUCAAGAUUCCCUUCCCUGUUUGAAAAGAUUCCUGGCCAAUUUAUUCUUGAUUUAAUUGUAUUUCAACCGAAACAACCCAGCAGAAAAGCUUGUCCGAGUUUGCAAUUCAUCAUGCUGACUUUGUCCCGUAU